GUUAAAAUGAAAAUUUAGGUUUUUCUAAUACUAAGCAAAAAAUAAUCGUUUUCGUCUUCUUUCCCCCUCUGCAACUCAUUUUAUUAGAAAUGAACUGAACUGAUUACUAUAAUUUUCGAGAUUUGUAAUUCUUGGAGGCACAAUAUGGCAAAUUCUUCGUUAUCAUCAUCCACAGAAGCUGUUGAUAAAUUGCAGGAUGUUGCCGCUCCUCUUCCAACUCCAUCGCCAUCUUCGUUUUUUGACGACUGGGAAAGAAGAAUCUUCUACCCUACACUUCUUGGAGGGAUUGUUGGGGGAGCAGUUGGGGCGAUGUCAAAGCAUCGUAAUGUUUAUGGCCUUGCAAAUGUUUCAGCUACUUAUGCUACCAAUCUCGCCGUUGUCACUGGCUGCUACUGUGGAGCUCGUGAGUUUGCUAGAGUUACCCGAAAAGCUGAACACGAUGAUCUUAUCAAUUCUGUUGUUGGAGGACUUUGUAGUGGAGCACUUCUAGGUCGUUUUCAAGGUGGUCAACGUGGGGCUGUUCGCUACUCUCUUAUGUUUGCCGUUGCUGGAACAGCAUUUGAUUUUGCCACACUUAAACUGGAACCUCUUGUGAGGAGCUACUACGAUUCAUUGUUCGGCGGGGACUUGAAGUUACCUGAGUGGUCUCCCAUUCAGAUACUCGAUGAGGAAGCCCUAGCUGCAAAGAAAGCUCGUGAAGAACAACUUCGUGCUCAACGAGCUAUUACUAUGAGGAGCAAAGAAUCUUGAUUGCAAGCUCUUUACAUGUGAUUUCUCGAAGCAUCUUUGCUCUAUCAAAUAUGCUACCAAUUUGAAUGGAUUGAUUCCGGCUAGUCAUAUAGUCAGUUGGCCACAUUCAUCCAUACGCGGUAAAAUGUGGACUUCAAUCAGUAGUAAUGUGCAAUUUUCUUGGUCUCUUAGACUGAUAUUUUCGAGUUAAUGAUGGGUAUGGUUGUAGUUGUUGCCAUAGUGCCAUAUGCAUAUCCUCAAGUUUCGUCUCAUUGGUGGAUACUGCUUGUUGUCCAUACUGACGUAGACAAAUAUCGAAAUUCCGGCUUGCUGAAUCCCGGAAUUGAGUUACAAUACAAAUACGCUUUGGCCUGAUCAGAUACCUAAAUAAAAGCUUAACCUUCUUUGAAAAGUUUCUUCAUAAUGUAAUUUUGAUAAAGCUUUUGCUUUUAUUGCUAGUUUAUCUAUCAAGCUAAGAUCUUUUGUAAUUAAGCUUUGGUUUAUCAUGGUUGAAAAUGAAUAUGAUUUAUCGCAGUUCAUAUAUAUGCUGGGCAUGAAGUCAUGUCAUCAUCUUUCAGAA